AUGAUAGUUCCUGAGGAGCCUCCCGACGGAGACGUCAACAAGGGUCAUAUUAUCAUCAUCUUAACCUGGUCCGGAUUCAGCCUAUCUCUUCUACUUGUGCUAGCCAGAACAUGGACUCGGGUUAAAGUCGUGAGAGCAUUUGGAUGGGACGACGCUUUCAUUAUACUUGCUCUGGCCUGCGCUGUGGUUAAUGCCGCCAUGGUCACCACUAGCAUAGCUCACGGCACCGGUCGCCAUCAAUUCUAUCUUACUAAAGAGGAGGCAAUGCAAGCGGAUAAAUACAACUGGAUUUCCCAAGGAUUUCACGUUGCAUCUACGAAUUGGGCUAAAGUGUCUAUUAUGUUAUUCCUUUUGCGUGUCAUUGGCCAUACAACGCGGCAAACACCUUAUUUUUACGGCGGUAUGAUUUUUCUGUCGGCCGUCAACUUUGUCUGCAUUUAUACUAUCUACGGGCAAUGUACGCCCGUGCAAUCACUAUGGGAUCGCAGGAUCAAAGGGAAAUGCUGGAAUCCCCGCAUUCAAAGGGAUUUCGCAUUUUUCACUGGAGCUGUCUCUGCGACAUCGGAUCUUGCACUCGCUGUGUACCCUGUGCGCUUAAUUUCUAAACUGCAAAUGCCCCUCCGCGUGAAGCUUGGCCUAGCGGCUAUCUUUGCUCUUGGAUUCGUUGCCGUAGGCGCUUCUGUCGUGAAAACGAUCUUCCUUUCUCGACUUUCCGCCCGCGCAGACUACUCGUGGAACACCAUUGACCUGGUGUUUUGGCUAUGCAUCGAACAAUAUCUGAUCAUGAUCGCCGCAUGCAUACCUAUGCUUGGGCCCCUCAUUAAACUCAUUCUAAGAGAAGCUACCUCUCGUCACACAGGAUCGUCCAGAUCUUCCUCAUGGCCUCGAAGUAUCAUACGAAAGCCAGCCUCAAGACGGAAACCCAAGCCCUAUUGGGCCACAGACACAAGCUUAUACGCAACGAAGGAAGAGGGGACAAUCUAUGGAGUGAAUCCUGGAAUGAAGACCUAUUGCUACCCUCUCAACUCCUACCACAGUGGUGUCGAGCCGCACACUACUCCUGAGAGCCAAGAGGCUAUUGUGCAGGGGCCUGACCAUCAAAUGGAUGCUAUCGUCAAGGUCAGCGAGGUGCAUGUUAAAAUCGAAAAUUUGGAAAGUGUUACACAUUCUCCACGGUCGUUGAAUUCAGCCAACAGUGCCCAUUCAAUUAAGUCUGGAAAAUCCCAAAGGCCUGGAACGUCCCCAGAGUUUGGAAAUACAGAGGUGGCUCCGGUUUGA